GGGGCCGCGCUCCCCCGGGGCGUGGCCUGUGGAACCUCAGAACCCCGGCGACGUGGGGCAGGCGCGCGUCUACCUGCGCGGGGUUCCUCCCACGCAGCCUCCCAUUCAAAAGAUGCCGAAGGGGCGGCGCGGCAGCCAGAGUCCCACGAUGAGCCAGCGGCCGGCCCCGCCCCUCUACUUCCCGUCCCUCUAUGACCGCGGCAUCUCCUCGUCCCCGCUCAGUGACUUCAACAUCUGGAAGAAGCUCUUUGUGCCACUGAAGGCGGGUGGGGCGCCGGCGGGUGGGUCUUUUGGUCCCCCCAGGCAGCGCCCCUGUCCCCCGCCCUGGCCCUCGGGCCUGGCCUCCAUCCCCUAUGAGCCUUUGCGUUUCUUCUACUCGCCGCCGCCAGGGCCAGAGGUGGCUGCCUCCACCCUGGCGCCCGGCCCCACGACCCCCUGGCUUGCCUCUGCCUCACACCCCGAGGAGUUGUGCGAGCUGGAGAUCCGGAUUAAGGAGCUGGAGCUGCUCACCAUCACUGGAGACGGCUUCGACUCCCAGCGCUAUAAGUUCUUGAAGGCACUUAAAGAUGAAAAGUUACAAGGACUGAAGACCAGGCAGCCUGGGAAGAAGUCGGCCUCUAUCUCCUGAGGAGCUGCCCACCAGAGCCUGGGCAGCCACCUCCUUAGGUGUUAGUGCUUAGAUAAUGUGUCCUGUUUGUAGUCAUUUCAAAAAUCGUUAUUUUCUGUUCUGUA